AUGGUAGAUAGUAACAAACGAGUGUUUUGGCAUUUUACAUUUAAAGACGUAUUAACUAUUCUAUGUUCCGCUGCUAUACCCAUAGCCCUGGCUAUUUAUACUGCAAUUGGAUCUCAACAACAAAAACGAGAAGCGGAAAAAACACGACAGUUUGAUUUGGAACAAGCUGAAAAAUUAAGACAACAAAUACUUUAUGAUGAAUUUUUAAAUAACAUUCUUAAAUUGGAUAAUUAUGGUCAUUUGAAGGAAAGAAAAAAUCCAUGGGCAUUUGCCAACGCAUAUUAUCGUGCUGCUGAUCGUCAAUGGGAUACAAUACGUAAAGCAGAUGUUUUAAAGUUCCUUAAAGAAAAGCAACUAAUUGGUAGAAAUAAUUGUACUAAUGGAUGUAAAACGACAAAACUAGAUGAUAUAAUUCGUUUAAAUGAAUUAAAUUUUGAUAAUGUACGUCUGGCAAGUCAAACAGGUGUAUUAAAUAAGUUGGAUUUACAAUGCAUUUCUUUUGAUCAGAUAUCAAUGUCAAAUGGGGAGUUUUCAUUUGUUAAUUUAAAUGGUGUAUCAUUUGAUAGAGCACGGUUAGAUAAUGUGAAAUUUGAUGGUUCAUCUUUACUUUGUGCCAGUUUUAUUGGUGUAAAUCUGUCUGGAGCAGAUUUUACAAACUCAGAUCUGACAGGUGCACACUUUUCGAACAGUGAUUUAUCAGGAGCUAAGAUAACAAAAGAUCAAAUAAACCAGGCAUCUUUUGAUAAUGUAAUUAUGCCAAACGGAGAGAAAAGUGAGAUUACAUCAUCAACGGCAACAAAAAAACCUAUAAGACAAACAACAACAAUAAUAAAAACAAAAAUGCCGACAACUACACCAUCAUCAUCAACAUCAUCAUUAUCAACAUCAUCAUCAACAGAAGAAACAUCAUGGACAGCAACAUCAAUCGCUUAUAAAAGUAUAUUUCUUAAUCAAACUACGUACGAAGUUGGUAAAGGUCCAUGGUCAGUAGCAGUAGCUGAUGUGAACAGCGACAAUAAACCCGAUAUUGUUACUACAAGUUUGGAUUUAAACACCGUCAGUGUUCUUCUCAAUACAGGCAACGGCACUUUUUCUCCUCAAACUACUUACUCAGUGGGUGUAUAUCCACGAUCAGUAGCAAUAGCCGAUGUGAACAACGACAGUAAACCCGAUAUUGUUACUGCAAACCAGGCUUCAAACACCGUCAGUGUUCUUCUCAACGUAGGCAACGACAACUUUUCUCCUGAAACUAAUUACUCAGUUGGUGCAACUCCAAUGCCUGUAGCAAUAGCCGAUGUGAAUAGCGACAACAAACUCGAUAUUGUUAUUGCAAAUCAGGGUUCAAACACCGUCGGUAUUCUUCUCAACACAGGUAAUGGCACUUUUUCUGCUCAAAUUACUUAUUCAGUUGGUAAAGGUCCAACGUCAGUAGCAGUAGCCGAUGUAAACAAUGACAAUAAAUCUGAUAUUGUCACUGCAAAUUUGUUUUCAAACACCACCAGUGUUCUUCUCAAUAUAGGCAACGGCACUUUUUCUCCUCAAACUACUUACGCAGUUGAUGAAAGUCCAGUGUCAGUAGCAGUAGUCGAUAUGAACAACGACAAUAAACCUGAUAUUGCCACUGCAAAUAGAGAUUCAAACACCACCAGUGUUCUUCUCAACACAGGCAAUGGCAAUUUUUCUCAUCAAGUUACUUACGAGGUUGGUGCAAGUCCUCAUUCAGUAGCAGUAGCCGAUGUGAAUAGCGACGAUAAACUCGAUAUUGUCACCGCAAAUCAAGGUUCAAACACCAUCAGUCUUCUUCUCAACGUAGGCAGCGGUAUUUUUUCUCGUCAAACUACUUACGCAGUUGGUCAAGGUCCAGUGUCAGUAGCAGUAGGCGAUGUGAAUAAUGACAAUAAACCCGAUAUUAUCGUCGCAAACUAUAGGGGAAAUACCGUUAGUGUUCUCCUGCAAUCUUAA